GUAGCCAACCAAAAAAUACCUCAAUCUACACAAAAAAUCUCAUUUCUCGUUUUUUUUCCGUUUUUGUUCUCUCUCCGGCCGAUCAAACCCUAGGAGUUCACAAUUCGUUCAAUCACGGCGGUUGCUCUCACUGUCAUGUAGGUUUGAUUCAUCUUCUCUUCUGGAUCUUGAGUGACGAAGAGAAGAGAUCUUACGUCUUCUGAGAGAGAGAAAGAUUUUCUCCCUCGUUGACCCGAUCGGUUCUUUUUUCGUCGCCGGGGAUUUUCAUUUUUGUUUAGGGAUCGGCUCUGAUUUGUUACGUAGAUGGCGGAUUCUUCACCCGAUUCGUGUUUCAAAGGAGGCAAAUUCAGUGCUCCAGGUUUUCGAUUUCACCCGACUGAUGAAGAGCUUGUGAUGUAUUAUCUUAAGAGGAAGAUUUGUAGGAAGAGGCUUAGAGUUAAUGUUAUCGGUGUUGUUGAUGUUUAUAAAAUGGAUCCUGAAGAAUUGCCUGGUCAAUCGAUGUUGAAGACGGGAGAUAGACAGUGGUUCUAUUUCACUCCAAGGAGUAGGAAGUAUCCGAACGCAGCUAGGUCAAGUAGAGGUACUGAAACUGGGUAUUGGAAGGCGACCGGGAAGGAUCGAGUCAUUGAGUACAAUUCAAGAUCGGUUGGACUCAAGAAGACUCUUGUUUUCUAUAGAGGUCGGGCUCCUAAUGGUGAGCGGACUGAUUGGGUGAUGCAUGAGUAUACUAUGGAUGAAGAUGAACUAGGGAGAUGUAAGAACCCUCAGGAUUACUAUGCUCUUUAUAAGUUGUUUAAGAAAAGUGGGGCUGGUCCUAAAAAUGGUGAACAGUAUGGUGCUCCGUUCCAAGAAGAGGAAUGGGUUGAUGAUGAUAAUGAAGAUGAGAACGCUAUUGCUGUACCGGAGCAACCUGUGGUUCGUUAUGAAGAUACUCGUCGUGUGGAUGGGAGGAGACUUUUCAAUCCUGUUAGUCUUCAGUUAGAGGAUAUUGAUGAGCUUCUCAAUGGAAUCCCAAAUGCACCUGGGGUUCCUCCAAGAUGUAUUCCUCAGGUGAAUAGUGAAGAAGAGCUGCAGAGCACAUUGAUGAAUAAUUCUGCUAGAGAGUUCUUGCCAAACGAUCAGCCAUACAACAGGCCUUCAAGUUUUGACUCAUUAGAGACCGCUGAGGUCACGUCAGCUCCCAAGACCUCUGGUAUAGCACCUCUGGUGUUUGAGAAGGAGGAUUACAUUGAAAUGGAUGAUCUUCUGAUCCCUGAACUUGGAGCUUCUUCAACUGAGAAAGCUGUACAGUUAUCGAACCAUGGUGGAUUCGGCGAUUUUGACGAGUUUGACCAAUUGUUCCAUGAUGUUUCCAUGUCUUUGGAUAUGGAACCUAUUGCAGGGACUUCUACGGAUCUGUCUUAUCCGAGUAAUUUUGCUAACAACACAUCAGACCAAAAACAGCAAUUCCUUUAUCAACAGUUCCAGGACCAGACUCCCGAGAACCAGCUGGACAACAUCAUGGAUCCUAGUACAACCCUCGAUCAAUUCACUAACGAUAUAUGGUUCCAAGAUGAUCAAGCCAUUCUCUUUGAUCAACAACAAUCUUUUUCUGGAGCAUUUGCUUCACCCUCAUCAGGUGUGAUACCCGAUUCCACCAAUCCUACUAUGAGUGUGAAUGCCCAAGGCCAGGAACACCAAAAUGGUGGUGGACCAACAAGCCAGUUCUCAUCGGCUCUGUGGGCAUUAAUGGACUCAAUACCUUCAACGCCAGCCUCUGCGUGUGAGGGUCCUCUUAACCGAACCUUUGUACGUAUGUCUAGCUUCAGCCGUAUGAGGUUCAAUGGAAAGGCUAAUGUAACGCCAGUGACUACUACCAUAGCAAAGAAAGGUAUCAGAAACAGAGGUUUUCUUCUCUUAUCAAUCGUGGGUGCCUUGUGUGCCAUCUUCUGGGUGUUCAUAGCCACAGUUCGAGUCUCAGGUAGAAACGUCUUCUCUUGAAAGACUAGUGGUGGUUUUCUUGAACUCUUAAUUACUGGUAAGUUAGAAGAAGAAACCAUGAUCCACGUUAGUGUUCAUGGGAUUAUUGACCUAUUUUAAUAUAUGAAUCUUUGAAUAUGUACAGAGAGUUUGAAAGAGUAAAAGAACAAUAAUUCGUGAUAAAGGAGUUUCUUGUCUUCUCUA